UUAAUACAAGUAUGUAAUUGUCAUUUAUUUGAUGCAACCACUGAUGUUUGUUUGCAGGUAUUUCUUUUGCAAGUAUAUAGGCAAUACCAAUGCACAAAUACUUUUUUUUUAACCAAAACCAACAUGUUGCAAGCGCACGGUGACUGGCUUUUCACGGGUGUUCUGCUGCCAAUGUAAAGAAAACAGAAAAGGCAUCAUUCUAUAAGGGGAACCUGGAGUCAACCUUAUUGCUGCUUAAACACCCCGGAUCACGCCCUUGACACUCCUCGGUAUAUUCAAGAGGAAUUCUCUAAGCCACCGCAGACACCUCUUUGAAUUUAACUAACUUAACCUUAACUUUUAACAAGUUACAUGAAGGAACAUCACAUGUUUACACGGGCACAAUUCAACAUUCCUCCGAAAAGGAGUAGAAAGAUGCAGAGCUUAUGUCAAACUAAACUAGGGGUGUCCCAAGUGCUGCCUGGGGGCCCACGGCACAUUCUAAAAAUAUCAUUUAACAAGACAAAAAAAAUCCUAACAGCAAAAAUGGAAAAAUCCGCAGUAAUUGUACAAGAAUAAAGUGAAAAUAUGAAGAGGAAAAAACGUAAUUUAAUGAAAAAAAAAUGUCCAGAAUAACGUAAUAGUACGAGAAAAAAAAGCAUAAUUUUAGCAGCAUAAAGUUGAGUUAAUAAAGAAAAAAGACACCAAAAUUAGGCUGCAAAAAUGUAUAAUGUUACAAGAAUAAAGUCAAAACAUGAAGAGAAAAAAGUCGUAUUCUAACACGAAAAAAGUUUCCAUUUUACAAGAAUGCACUCAUAAUAUUAUGAGGGAAAAUAAUGUUGUUUUUGUAGCAUAGAGUUGAAAUAUGAAAUAAAAAAAAGUCUAGCCUGUUAUUCUAUUAAAGUUGCAAGAUUAUGAGAAACAAUAAAACAAAAUAAAAGUUACAUUUUUGGAAAAUUAGAUUGGGGAAACAUGAUAAUAUUAUAGGAAUAAAGCUAUAAUAUAACAAGAGGAAAAUUUACCAAGAUUUUUUAAGAAGAAAGUUGAAACAUUUGGAUAAAAAAAACCAAAAAAAACAGGAAAAACAUGAAAAAAGAGCAAACACCAAAGUUGCUUUUUUCACUAAUAUCACAAAGCUGAGGUGCAUUUUUUUUUAUUGAAACAUAUAUAUAAAACAUAUAUAAACAUACAAACAUAUAUAACUGUGUUGGUUUCUAAAAUAUCAAAGUGGCCCUUUGCAUCCUUCAGUUUGUGGCCCAUAGUGGAAAAAGUUUGGACACCCCUCGCUUAUGCAGUGAUGAAAGAAAAUUGAGGAAAAGUGUUAAAACUAAUAAAUAUACUGUAAAUACUGUAAAUCUAAUAUCAAUAAAUGUAUAAUAUAGAAUAUAUAUAAAUUGAAUGUAUAAUAUAUAUUUAAAUAUACUGUACAUAAGGAAAUAAAUGCUUAGUAAAUAGUAAUAAAUAAUAGAGGAAAAAUUAAAAUUAAAAUUAAAAUUAAAAAACAAUGGAACAUCCCCCAAACCACGGAAAAACAGGGACUUGCAGCAUGUUUAAAUAGUCGAUAGUAGUCUACACUUUGUCAUUAGGAUUCCGCAAAAGUUGAAUGGAAUCAAGUGGACUCUUCAUUGUUGAAGGUAUUCCACAUUUUGUCUAACAGGCUUCUUCAGCCAUAACCUUUUAAGCGUGGAGAUGGAGUUUCCCUGUUUAUGUCUCUGGUGGGUAGAGAAGGGUUGUUGUCGUACCGCGGCACCACCUAUCAUCCACAUCUCUCCCUCGAAGAUCGAACCGAAGAAGCCUUUUGCAUCAACAACCAAGAAGAUUUCAACCUGUGCGGAUUACCAUCAUCUGAAUGACCGAGAAUGUAAACAGACAUUCAACGAGAGAGUAGCAGAAACACAUGUGGAUUUGAAAAGCAUGACGGCAAAAGUGACUUUGACAGAGUGGAACACUGGCCUUUUUGGCUGCUGUGAAGACAAAUGCUCUUGCUGCUAUGGUUUCUUUUGCUGCCCUUGUCUGGCCUGCUCUGUGGCAGGAAAAUUCGGGCAGAACCGAUGCCUCCCAUUGUGCGACAUACUCAGCCCUGCUGCCUUGACAGCUUGCGGGAUCCCACUGUUUGCGCCCCCUGCAGCUUUGUCUCUCAGAGUUGGUAUCCGCAACAGAUAUGGUGUCAAGGGCUCUAUUUGUAAGGACAUCAUGACGUCUUGCUUCUGCAUGUGGUGCUCCUGGUGUCAGAUGCACCGUGAGCUGAAGUUUCGCAAGAAACACCCCACUGUCGUCAACAUGCAGCCGGCAGCCCUCUAACAUCUCCUUGAAACCUACCAAAUGCACACUUAGUGAGACUUUUGGCUUAUGGAACUAUGUUGCAGCUAAUUUCUAAAUAGAUUACCUUUAUUGGUACAUAGACGAGGUAAGAAAAUAAAUAAAAAGAGAAGAAUAAAGUACCACAGUGGGGAACGUUAAUCAUUAAGAGCAACAAUGGGAUAGAGUGUCUUCCUCAAAGAUACUUUGACAACUCUGGGAGUCAGGUCUUCUUCUUUAAAUUGCUAUUUGUAAAUUCUCAAUCCCCUCAAAAUUUUGACUUUUUUUGGUUUCUGGGCUCAAAAGUGUGAGAAAAUGUCUGUGAAAUAUCAGAAAAGACUCACGUAAAUAAACUGUCAACCUUGGGAAAUGA